AUGACCCUACAUUGGCCUUCAGAACAUAGAAUAGGGGGUUUUCAAUAUCCUCUAGAAAGCCAAGUAAUUCAUAUAUCCGCAGAAUAUAAGACUCUUCAAGAUGCUAUAAAAGCAUCGCCACGGGAUUCGCUAGCAACGCUUGGUAUUGUUAACUUUUACAAGUACCAAAAUCAUACACAAAGAGGCCUAUUAGAUCUACUGAGAAUAGGACGCAAUUUUCGAUAUUUGAAUGCUACUCUCUCUCCGCUGCCAUUAUCAUAUUUUAACCCUCCAAUGAAAAAGUACGCAGGUUAUCAAGGGUCUCUAACUGUUCCACCAUGUACUGAAUCCGUUAUGUGGCUUGUAAGAGCUAAAGCCUUACCAGUUACAAGGGAAGCUGUCGAAGUUGCACGUAGUUUACUCGGAAAUGAAGAGCUUAGAGGUUCUUUUGUCCGACAAGCGCAGCCCCUUAAUGAUAGAAAAGUGUAUUUUUUCAAU